AUGCAACCGGCAACACUUCGACGACAUGGCCAGCGAGGGACAUACGAUUUGGAAUCGGUCAAGGACGUUUUCGAUAAUUGCUUCAUCGCUCACGUGUCUUACGUAGUAGAUGGUUUACCCGCCUGCAUGCCUAUGAUCGCGUUGAUAAUGGAUGACCCGGAAGCCGGCACGACGCGGUGUUCCGGCCUGGGGCAAGAGCAUGGCAACGGCGCCAAUGGGGGCCUCGUGAAUGGCGUCCAAAAAGAUGCUCAUGAAACUUUUGUUUACUUGCAUGGACAUCCAAGUGCGAAGCUCAUGGAGAUGGUUAGGAGGGCCAACAACAGCCCAAGUGAGGAUGUUGAGAGCACAACUGAGACCAACGGCCAGAUUGUGAAUAACUCUGUAGGGGAAGUAAAGGUUUGCAUCACUGCUACUAAAGUCGAUGGACUGGUUUUGUCCUCAGCGCCUAACGGGCAUACAUUCAAUUAUCGAUCAGCCACGAUUCACGGAACAUGCGAACCUGUGAGCUCUAAAAGUACGAAGCUUGCGGUCAUGCGCGCAGUCACACAGAAGAUUGUCGCCAAUCGAUGGGAGGAGGUGAACCCGGUAGCGUCGAUGCAGGUCAGCUUGGUCUAUGUUAUCAAGGUGCACAUUGAUGCUCUUUCUGUCAAGUCACGAUCAGGAAUCCCAGGGAUCCAGCCCAGGAACAAGGAAAAGGAUGGGCCAGACGUCCAAACCCCGCCGUGGACUGGGGUUAUUCCAUUAUGGGAGGAAUUGGGAGCUCCAGUAGACAGUGGACUGACCCCAAAUGUUGUGGUAUCUGAUAACCUUAAGGCAUACAUCGAGAGCCGGAACCAGAGGCAGCAAGCAUAUUCCAAGAGAGCUGCAAGUUCAUGA